UGCCAUAUUAUUUUCCUUUACUCGUGCACGUACAAGAAUAAGCACAAGAAUAACUCCAAUAUGGAGUCACGGGUGUCCAACUCCAAUUACAAUACGGAGCCAUGAGUAUCCCGACCAGGAUUUCACACAAAAUUGGCUGCUAUAACAUGAAAGGCUCGAUCGGCAAUCCACGCAAAUUGCAUCGCAAUCGCAAGCCACCUCGGCCGACCUCGUCGGAAAGUAAGACGUCAUCCGACAGAAUCGGUCUGCCAUCGCCGGUAGUCUGCCCACUCUCGCCUCUGCCGACUUCACCGGAAAACAAGACGCUGUCCGACAAAAUCUGUCCAAUGUCGUCUCCGCCUACUUUGACGGAAGACUGUCCAAUGUCACCUCCUCGGACUUCGACGGGAACCAAGCUGGCGUCCGACAAUGCUCCACGGUUCACCGGAAAUCCGGCGGCCGAUUCUACGCUUGAGAAAAUUGAUGGCAUCACUAAAUUGACCAUUGCAGACGAUUUUGUCUCCGUGUAUGUGUUCGUCGCAUAGUUGACUUUUUUUUCCAAAGGAAAACGGGUGUUUCAUCUUUCCUUAUACCUCUAUCUCUCUCUCUCUCUCUCUCUC